ACCACAUGUUCACUUGUCAGCUCGCCCCCAGUUAUUACCGCUCUGUACCUAUGCAUGUUGGUGUUUUACCUACACUACUGUACAGCUAACGGCGACGUUUUUGAAGUGCCUAGGUAUCUGUGUGUUCACCGCCGUUGUAUCACCAUUACUACAUAUGUGAGUAUCUACCUCACCACCGCUAGAGGUGGGAGGGUUUUAUAGAGAGAUGUUAGGCAGCAUAUCUUUCAUCAUGAGCUCACCCAAGACUGUCCUGAUCACGGGUUGCAGCAAUGGUGGAAUAGGUUCCGCCCUCGCCAUCACUUUCCAGGAGCGUGGAUACCAUGUCUUCGCUACAGCCCGUGACCCUUCCAAGAUGCGCAGUCUUGAGGGUCUAUCACGCGUAACGCUUCUGACCCUUGAUGUUGUGAAGCCAAGCGACAUCCAAGCUGCUGUUGAGGCAGUCACCAAGCAUACAGGUGGUACUCUUGAUUGCCUUGUCAGCAACGCAGGACGAAACCAUUUCAUGCCUAUUUUGGAUGAGGACUUGGAAGGGACUAGAAGGCUCUUUGAAAUUAACUUCCUUGGUCCCAUUGCCCUUACGCAGGCCUUUGCUCCCUUCCUUAUGAAAGCCAAGGGCACGGCUGUGUAUAUUACCUCGACUUCCGGAUACGUGAACAUCCCAUAUAUGGGGACAUAUGCGGCAUCUAAGAGGUCUCUGGAAAUCGUGGCCGAUACCUUGCGGCUGGAAUUGGCUCCUUUCGAUGUCAAUGUUAUCGAAGUCGUUACGGGUGCUGUCAAAUCCCAAGGUCAAACAUACUUCGACGAUUUCAAGCUCCCAGAGCAAUCGCUUUACAAGGGUAUCGAGAGCAUCGUCGCCGGAAGGGCACAGGGCAAGGAUGGGACACAGAGGAUGGACACCGGAGAAUACGCCGCCGCCGUCGUAGAUGAGGUUAUGAAGGGAACCGCAGGCCGCAUUUGGUUUGGUGGUCGCGCUGAAGAUGUCAGGCUGGGAACUACGGCAACAGCAGUGCCACAGUCUGCGAUGGAUGCUGGAAUGGCCAUGGGAACUGGUCUUGAUGCAGUGGGGAAGUUUGCUUCGUAGCGAAGGAACUAUCUAUGUGCUGUGGUGCGUCUGGAGUCGAAAGGUCUCGGCCAGGUCGAGUAGCUACAUUUGUCGUGCUUCAUUUCAAUAGCCAGGUACAUUUAGGGAUUGUACAAUCGAAUGCUUUUAUUGCCCCCUUUGAGACCCAGACUCGACCACUCGCAUCCUUCCUCUCCAUGUUCUUCCUUGGCAUACCAUGGGUUACGCUAAGGUGAGCGCUGGCCGAAGUGGAAGUUGCUAAUAGUCGUUACGUGACUGUUAGUGUCACCCUAGCAACCCAACAGUUAUCUUAUCAAAAUAUAAAAGGAGGUAAUAUUGAUACUAUUUAAGAUAGGCUAACUAUGUGUUACCUAUGCAGAC